CACACACGCUGAAGGCUGGCCUGGCCCAGCCCUCGGUAAUUGGAGACACAGACAGGGCCCCCGCUCUGUUGUCACCACCAACCCACCCUUUCCCACAGCCUGAGAACUCUGGGCCCAGGCUCUCAGGUGCCCUGUCCAGGCCAGCACCCACCCAGCCGCCCAGGCCAAGCCUGACGGGAAACUGAGUGCAUGGUGGGCAGCCAGGCCACCCACAUGCCUCCUUUCCCGUGUGCCUGGGCUUCCCGGCAUCAGGAAGCUAUACGCAGGCCCCUGGCCCAGGCUGUGUGCUUUGCGCCCACGGUCCCUCAGCACCCAGAAGCAAGCCUGGCCGAAGCUGGCUUUCAGGAAACGCGGAACAAGUGAAGUGAAUGGAGGAGUAGCAGUCCUCCCACAAGACUGUGCGAGCAGAAGGUUGGGUGGGGCCCCUGUCAAGACACUGCAAAUGCUCCUCAUCGGAGGACCUCUGCCCCUGAUCCCCCUGGGGGAUGGCUGGGGCCCAUCCUUUACAGGACGGACCUGUCUUUUCCAGGGCCCCUGCCCUAGUCUCGCUCAGCCACACCCUGCCACUUCCCUUCUGCCAGCAAGGCUUAAAGUCACAAGGGAGGGGUGGGGUCAGGGGGGCCACCUGGGGCACUAGGAGGGACAUGGAGACCUUUACACCAGGGACAAAGUCCUCUCCUGAUUUCAGCCCAGGCAGCUUGUACUGCAGCUGGCACCCAGGUUCUGGCCUCACUAGGGUCCCAGCCUCACCCGACUCCCAGCCUUGUGGCCCUCCCACCAUCCCCCAGCAUGCCGGGCACCUGGGUGCUGCUUCUGCUGGGCCUGAGGCUACAGACCUCCCUUGGCGUCAUCCCAGUUGAGGAGGAGAGCCCAGCCUUCUGGAACCGCCAGGCGGCCCAGGCCCUGGAUGCCGCUAAGAAGUUACAGCCCAUCGAGACGGCCGCUAAGAACCUCAUUCUCUUCCUGGGGGAUGGCAUGGGGGUACCCACGGUGACAGCCGCUCGGAUCCUAAAAGGGCAGAUGAACUACAAACUGGGACCUGAGACACCCCUGGCCAUGGACCACUUCCCAUACCUGGCUCUGUCCAAGACAUACAACGUGGACAGACAGGUGCCAGACAGUGCAGGCACUGCCACAGCCUACCUGUGUGGGGUCAAGGCCAACUACCAGACCAUUGGCGUAAGCGCAGCCGCCCGCUUUGACCAGUGCAACACGACACGUGGCAAUGAGGUCACCUCUGUGAUGUACCGGGCCAAGAAAGCAGGGAAGUCAGUGGGGGUGGUGACCACCACGAGGGUGCAGCAUGCCUCGCCAGCCGGCACCUAUGCACACGUGGUGAACCGCAACUGGUACUCGGAUGCCAACAUGCCUCCUAAGGCCCUGAAUGAAGGCUGCCAGGAUAUCGCCGAGCAGCUCAUCUCCAACAUGGACAUUGACGUGAUCCUGGGUGGAGGCCGCAAGUACAUGUUUCCCAAGGGGACCCCAGACCCUGAGUACCCAAGUGAUGCCAACCACAGCGGAAUCAGGCUGGAUGGGCGGAACCUGGUGCAAGAGUGGCAGGCCAAGAACCAGGGUGCCCAGUACGUGUGGAACCGCACUGCACUCAUUCAGGCAUCCCAGGACCCCUCUGUAACACACCUCAUGGGCCUCUUUGAGCCAGGAGACACAAAAUAUGAGGCCCACCGAGACCUCACCCAGGACCCAUCCCUGAUGGAGAUGACAGAGGCAGCCCUGCGCCUGCUGAGCAGGAACCCCCGUGGUUACUACCUUUUUGUGGAGGGAGGCCGCAUUGACCAUGGACAUCACGAUGGGACAGCUUAUCUGGCCCUGACCGAGGCUGUCAUGUUCGAUUCUGCCAUUGACAAGGCCAGCCAACUCACAAGCGAGAAGGACACACUGACCCUUGUCACUGCUGACCACUCUCACGUCUUCUCUUUUGGUGGCUACACAUUUCGCGGGACUUCCAUUUUCGGGCUCGCCCCCAGCAAGGCCUCCGACAAGAAGGCCUACACCUCCAUCCUUUACGGCAACGGCCCGGGAUUCGCUCUCAACGGGACCUUCCGGCCCGAGGUCAACGACAGCCAGAGCAGAGACCCCGCGUACCAGCAGCAGGCGGCGGUGCCGCUGUCCUCCGAGACGCACGGCGGGGAGGACGUGGCGGUGUUCGCGCGCGGCCCGCAGGCGCACCUGGUGCACGGCGUGCAGGAGCAGAGCUUCGUGGCGCACGUCAUGGCCUUCGCCGCCUGCCUCGAGCCCUACGCGGCCUGCGACCUGGCGCCCCCCGCCCUCGACGCCGCCGCCGCCGCCGGGAGGGGAGGGUCCGGGCCGCCGUCGCUGCCGCUGCUGGCGGGGCUGCUGCUGCUGCCGCUGCGGGCGGCCGCCGCUCCCUGAGCGCCCCGCGCACGACCCCCGGCCGCCGCCCCCGGGGCUCCCCCCCGCACGCCGCCCGGACCGCUCCUCGCCCGGCGGCGCCCGCCCGCAGGGCCCGCUGAGGCUGCGGCUGCGGCCUCCUUGCGGCGCCCGCGGGCCUCCGGGGCUGCUGCCCGCUCCCCGCCCGGCGCCCCAGGUAGGGAGGGGGCUGGGACCGGCCGCUGUCCCGCAGGUCGCCCUCCGGAGGACCCGGUGGCCGCCGUCUCGCACCCCGCGCGGCCCCUUUCCCAGCCUCCGUGGCCGCAGCACCCUGGGACCCGAGGACUUCGGCACUUCCGGGCGCCCAGCUGCGGGGCGGCUUCCUGUCACCUGCCACCGGCCAGGCAGGCACCCUGCUGCCCCCCGAGGCUGCUGAGGCCCGCCCGCCCAGGGGGAGCGUGACACCAAGCCCCCCGGCUGCCCCCCGCCCCAGGGCCCCAGCAGCACCACUGCACGCAGAGGAGACGGACACCGAGAGGAGACGCGUCUCAAGUCACUGAGCUCCUGAAACCACCAACCCCAGUCCCACUCCAGGCCGGGAGAUCCAAGGGGCUUGCGGGAGGCUGGGCGCGCAGGGCCGCAGCCCCAGAGCAGCCCUUGCCCCCUCCCUGCGGCCCCUUGGGCACAGAUUUGUGGACAGAGGCGAUUCCCCGCCCUCCCGGGGCCUCUGUUCUUCUGGAAGGGACGAGCAAUAAUCAAAUAAACUGUUAUAUAUUA